AUGGAGCUAACGGACGCCAGGACGAAGUUAUACCUGAUAGGAGUCGCCUAUUUUAUACAGGUAUAUUCACGAUUUUAUUGUAUAUUAUGCUUAUGUAGUGUUCAAUAUAUUAUCAAUUAGACAUAAAUAAAUAAUUCGACACGACUUUGAUUAAAAAAAACAAAUACUAAAUAAAAAUAACAAUAUGAACAAAAGUUUUAAUUCGUAUUAUGAAAAUUAUACUUUGUUAGGGUUAAUAGCAUAAUAUACAGCGUGUUCGCAUUUCCGGGUAAUAUUAAAUAUUUCGGCCGGAUGAUCUUGAAUUUGAAUUCUGUUUUUGGAAGAUAGUAAGGGGUACUAAAAUACGCUCUUAUGAUAAAUUAAAAUUUUUCAAUCCUAACUUCUGUGCGAUACAAAUUACUUUUUUUCUGAUUAGCAGCACUUAUUUUCGACACUAGACUUGAAUAGUUCUACUUUUUUUUCAAUCAAAUACGAUCAAUACAUUUUUUUUUAUACUUUUUUAUACUUCAAAAAUUACCUGAGAUACCUACACCAUCUAAAGUUGGUUAAUAAUAUGAUUUUUUAUCGAUUUUUCCAAAAAUUAAAAAUGUAUGACUUUUAAAGGGAAAACAUGUAUCUACUAUUUUAUGAAAAAAAAUUAUUUGUAAAGAUAAUCAUAAAACAGCAGUAAUAACAUACAUUUUAAAUGUUUAAUUAAAUCGUGCAGUUUAUAAAAUUGUAUCAAAAUUAAAACUAUGUUAAAAUAUGUAUUAUGGAAUAAUUUAAUUUAUUAUUGGAUUUAUUAAUUUCAUAACCAUUAUAGUUUUGAAAUUAUAUAAAAUAUAAAUAUAAUAUCUAUUACCAAUUAUACAUUGUAUACUGCAAACACUUUUGAAACUCUACUACAGAACUUCAAUAGAGAACUGAGUACCUCGCAUGCUUUUUUUCUCCGAGAAGUAUUUUUUAUAAUAUAAUACUUCUUCUAAUGCAGAAAAUCUUGGAAUUUGGAAGAGUUGUAAAUAUAUAUACAUACAUAUGUACCUUUAUAACGUGAAAAAAUAUAUACCUGUAUGAACUAUGAAGUGAAAAACGACCCUCAUGUUUGUAAAACAAGAAUCGGGGUAGAACGUAUUAUUGAAUCUUACAUAAAUGUGACACCAAGAAUGUCCCUUUAAUAUGUAUAUUGUAUAUAUAAUAUAUUACAUUAUACAUAUUAUGUACUUAACAUUUUGGUAGAAAAUAUUUAAGUUCGUAACUUUUAUAAUUUGCAGCUUGUCAAUGGAGACACCAGAAUAUCAAGGGCAGACAUCAGUGCAGUUUUGGGUACUAACGAGGAUCCGAAUUUUUGGCCUUCACGUGGUCGAAGGAACAGCCCAGAAACCAAAAUUAAACAAUACUUAGCGAGAAAAUAUAACACGAACACUGUAAACGGUAUGAAAUAAUGCAUACCUACAUUAAUUUCUAACGAAUUUUACUACAGCAUAUAAUUAUGUCUUAUGUGAUGAAAAUAUUGAAAAAAAAAAUAUAGUAAAUUUGAAAUUAAUCGAAUGCUUAUGAUAAGAAAAGUAUUUUUAAUACAACAGUAAUUCAAAAUUUAGAUAACUUUAUACGUUAUCACGAAUAAUAUAAAGUGAAUAAGUUUAAAUAGCAUAAACUAUACCUACCUUAUUAAAACGAGUAUAUUAUAUAUAAUUAUUUUAAAUAUUUAAACCAACACCAACGGCAAAUCAUCUCAGGUUAUUUUUCUAAAUAAAAUAUUAGUCUUAACAAAUUAUUUUCGUUAGAAUAUUUAUUAAGUGUUUACUUUCUUGAAUAUGUUCAGAAUUUUUAAUCACAUAGCAGAGUAGUUAGAGAGGAUGACGUAUUAUUGAUUAAACGAGCUUGUAUGUUACGAAAUAUUUAUUUAUAAAAAACAAAUAUCUCAUAAAAACCCUUCCAAAAACACCCCACAGGACAAGAUAUAUGAAAAUUAAACUUUCACUCUCAGUUAUCCUUAAAUUAUUUUUUAGAUUCUGAGUGAAGCGAGAAAUGUAUUCGUUUUACAAUAAUGCGUUUUCAUAAUAAAUAAGAAACACUGGCAUUUUUCUGUACUUUUUUUUUUUUUUUUUUUGAUUUCCGAGUUAUCCUGGCAAUAAGGAGAAACAUACUACUAAUAAUAUUAUGCUCAGAAUAGUUUUUCAUUAGCAAUUAUCGUUGAUUACAGACAUAAAUUAAAUUACUCUUUAUAUCCUCCCUAGAAAACAGUGGAAUAAUUAUAAAAGCAGUCUUUUUAAUUUUUCAACUACCCGAUUGUAUUCAUAAAACUUCAUUUAAUUUCAACAAAAUUGGUAAAAAAACAGCAGAAUUAUUAUUCUCUAAAAUGCAGGUAGUCGGACGGACACAACGAAAUUAUAAUAAUUUCAUUUUUGCCAUUUCGGCCAAGGAACCUUAAAAAUUACCUAUCUUAAAAUAGUACUACCAGGCAACAGUAGUCAAUGAGUGGUGAUAAUGCAUUUAUCUUUAAAACUGUUUUUUUUACUGUCCAGAAAGAUUUUUCGAUAACAAAAAAAAAAAAAAUCGCACAUCUCUCUAUUUAAAAUCUAAAAAUAUAAUUAAUUUGUAUUAAAAUGUUUAUUUUUAACAUUACUGUAUAUAUACGAAUAUACGAUAUAUUUAGGUACUUCAUAAUUUUAGAUUCUAAGCGAAGCUAGGAAUGUAUUAGUUUUACAGUAAUUAUUUUUUUUUCUAUCAGAAAUUUUGCUCCGAUUUUCAACUGACCACUUUUUCUGAAAGGAGGGGUGGUACUUUAAAGUUUGGUUAUUUUUUAAAUUUUUAAAGGGGUUUUCAUAAUAAAUGAGAAAAAACGUAAGAAAAACCGGAAAAUUUACGAAAUAUAUUAUUUUCGAAUCGUAAAUAUUACGACCUUUCAAAACACGUAUAAUAUAUACAAAUAUUUGUUUUAGAUCAGUGUUUCCCAACCUUUUUACAACCACGGACCGUUUUGAUAAUUUUGAAUAGGUCGUGGACCACCUUAAUUGAAGGGCUCCCUGUAACAACCAGAUAAGUUCACUUUUUAAAAUUGUUCAGGAGAAACAAAAUUGUAAAUAAUGGAAACAAUUUCUUUUUCACUAAUAACAUUUUAUACACGUACAACUAAAAUGUAUUUGUUAAACAUAAUAAUUUUAAACAAGUACACCAACCUAAAAAUAUAUAUAAAAUUACCAACAUGUGAACUUACAUAAAUGUAAAAUAGUCGAACAAAAUUUAGGAACAUAGUAUCCAUCCUUAAGAUUAAUUUAGUCUGCAAUUCAUAUGUUUAUAUUGAUAUUAGGUGUGGUUUAUUACAAAAUAAAAUAAUAUAUUAUCCAAAAUACUACACAAUAGGCCAAAAUAUUGUAUAAAAUAAAAAUAAUGUAAAAAUAAAAUAACAAAAUAUACAAAAUAUUGUAUUGUAAAUAUUUGUACAUCAGUUCAUAAGAAAAUGAAUCGUUAAGAAAGCUAAUCCAAUUGGAGUUGUAUACUCUCAGUAAAAAUUCGUAAAAAUUUAAUUAAUCUCGUAGCUAAAUAUUUAAGAAACUAUGCUAUCGGUAAACAAUUAUCGGUUGCAAUAAUGAUAUUUAAUAAAUCGCUAUUGAAUGGUAAUUAAUAAAAACUUUAAUCAAACUACACACUUAUAAAAGUUGAAACACACUAAUCGAUCGUCGGCAGUAAUAAUGAUAAUAAUAUUAUUCAUUACUUUAAUAAACAUUUUAAAAAAUGGAUAAACACAAUGGAUACUAUAUUUUUUCUAAUUUUUUUUUUUUAAAUGGACAAGCAAAAAAAAAUAAGAUAAAAUCUAUGGGACCAAGGACCAUCUAUAACAGGCUCACGGACCACUGGUUGAGAAACACUGUUUUAGAUGGAUUUCAAAUAAUAUUUGUAUACAUGCAUAUAAUUUAAAUACUUUGAACUUUUAUUAAACACUAUUUGUUAGAUAUAUUAUAAUAUCUUUAAAAUACUUAUUUUGAUUCACUCACAAUAGCACAAAUGCUAGGUCUAGUAUUAUAACCUUAUGAAGGGUGUCAAUUGCAAGACCGUUGCUGGACUAAAUUUUCGGGAGAGAUUUUGAAUUAAAUUAUCUAUUAUUUUUAUUAAAAACAUAAUAUAAUUAAUUAGCAUUUAUCUGGAAAAUAAUAAUUAAUAGGUUUAGGAAAAGUUGGAGAGUAUGGAGGGGGGAUAUGAUUUUGGUUUUACAAUAUUGUUUAUUUCCUUUUUUUCUUUGUUCUAGUCUGUGGACAUGUUUUUUCCUAGUAAACUAGCUACGAUUUUACGUGUAGCAACUUUUCUGAAAGCUCAAGUUGUCUAAAUUGUACUUUAAAUAGGUCAUUUUUUGAUUUUUGAUGCCAUUUUUUUAAUAAAAGCACUUAAGAGGGAAAAAUCGUAGGAAGAAAACGUACAAUUUCACGAUUUCAUUACUUUAUAAAAACAUGGACGACGUUUUCUAUCAGAAAAAAUGAUUAAAUCGAAAAAUCACAAGACAUCUUUUUUGUUGCUUUAUUGAUUUAAUUUCUUACGGUAUCAUUUACAAAACUUUUGAGCCACUUUUGAAUUUUUAAGGAAUUUUAAUUUUUGGGAUCUUUUUCGAUGUAAUUCGGUUAUAAAUACACUUAGAGACUCGAAACUUGGUAAUAAUAUUUAUAUUGGACUUGCCUAGUAUACGGGAUAAAAUUUCCAAAACCAUGGGACGACUUUUUUUUUUUUAUAAUCGUUUUGAAAUCAAAUAUAAACGAAAAUAGCAAAAAAAAUUAUGGCACUUCAAAUUAUGUAUUACCGAACUGCUCUCGGAAUAGUCUUUCGUCAAGCAAUGAUUUAUCGUUGCUUACAGAUAUAAAUGAAAUAAUCUUAUGUAUCCUACCUUCCCAGUUUCUCACCUACAACAGUGGACGCUCCCAUUCCCAGUAUCAGCUCUUUUUUUUUUUAAAUCAUUGUCUUAUUAAUAAUAUUUUGUGUUUAAGGACAUUUAGAAAAGCCACUUUACGUCGACGAACCAGCGUGGCUAACAAUGGACAGAAGAUCUGAAGAAGACGAUGACUAUUUCUGGGUAACAAGAGGACGUCGAGGAAACAGUUGGAAGCAUCCAACGGCUGUAUCAUCAAACUCAAAUUACCGUUCUAGAGACGAGUCUGAUAAUAACAUAAAAUAA